AUGGCGAGGCGGCCGCCGUGGCAGGGUCUCGGAAGACCAUCGACGACGGUACUCCUGCUCCUUCUCUCUUUGUUCCCCCUCAGCCGGGAGGAGCUGAGGGGCGGCGGGGACCAGGGCUGGGACCAGGGGGUAAAUCUGCCCGGGGCGCAGAUCGGCGGUGGAGCCUCAGCUCUUUGUCCCGAGCCGCCCGGGGUCCGGGAGGAUGAGGGGCCUGGCCUGGGAGUCGGGGAACCUGUUUCCAUGCCACUCCGAGGGGAAAGGCAAAGCGCCCAGAGCGGUCCAGGGUCCCCUGGACAGCCGAACGCAGAACUGGCCACCGAGCACGGGGUCCAAGCAUUAAGCAGCCGUGCACGAGAGACAGGACAGGAGCCAGGGUCUCUGUUAUGCUGGCGCCCAGAAGUCUCCUCCUGCCGGAGGACAGGACCCUUGCGAAGAGGUGGUGUGUCGCCAGAGGCUCUGUCCUUAGGGGUCCCAGGCCCAGGGAACAGCUUGCCCCUUCCUUCGGACUUUCUGGUUCAACCAGGUGGGCCCAAGCCAGCGCUCUCCCAACAGAACUCUGCAAGAAGCCCCCGGAAAAGAGUAGGAACCACGCGCUGCUGCGGGGAACUGUGGGUGCCAGUGCGCAGGGGUCAGAGGGAGAGAGCUGCGCCAUCCCCAGCCGAGAGGACAGAUCCUCGGCCGGAAUUUCUGCCCUGGGCCGCGGGGUCUGGUCCAGCGCUAGAUUCAGCACCACGCACGGCUAGGACAGCUCCUUUGGAGGGUUCAGCACCCCCAAAACCUCGGACAGCUCCCGAGGCCCUGCCCCGGCGCAUGCGCUCCCGCAGGCUCCUCCGCCGCCACUUCCUCCCGCAGCGCCCCGGGCCGCGCCCCCCGGGAGUCCCGGUGGAGCCGGUGGAGCCCGAGGCCUGGAAGACACCCCUAGCGAGCCGGGCACGUCCCCGUCGCGCCGCCAACCGCCACCCGCAGUUUCCCCAGUACAACUACCAGGCGCAGGUGCCCGAGAACGAGGCAGCAGGCACAGCGGUGCUAAGAGUGGUGGCGCAGGACCCAGACGCGGGCGAGGCCGGGCGCCUGGUGUAUUCAUUGGCGGCGCUCAUGAACAGCCGCUCGCUGGAGCUGUUCAGCAUCGACCCACAGAGUGGCCUGAUCCGCACAGCCGCCGCUCUGGACCGCGAGAGCAUGGAGCGCCACUACCUGCGGGUGACGGCCCAGGACCACGGUUCGCCGCGCCUCUCGGCCACCACCAUGGUGGCUGUGACCGUAACCGACCGCAACGACCAUACUCCAGUGUUUGAGCAAACGCAGUACCGGGAGACGCUGCGCGAGAAUGUGGAGGAGGGCUACCCCAUCCUGCAGCUGCGUGCCACAGACGGUGACGCACCACCCAAUGCCAACCUGCGCUACCGCUUCGUGGGGCCACCCGCCACACGCACCACCGCUGCCUUCGAGAUUGAUCCACGCUCCGGCCUCAUCAGUACCAGUGGCAGGGUGGACCGUGAGCACAUGGAAAGCUACGAACUAGUGGUGGAGGCCAGCGACCAGGGCCAGGAGCCUGGGCCUCGCUCAGCCACCGUGCGCGUGCACAUCACGGUGCUGGACGAGAACGACAAUGCGCCCCAGUUUAGCGAGAAGCGCUACGUGGCCCAGGUGCGUGAGGACGUGCGCCCCCACACGGUGGUGCUCCGCGUCACGGCCACAGACCGGGACAAGGACGCCAACGGACUGGUUCAUUACAACAUCAUCAGUGGCAACAGCCGAGGCCACUUUGCUAUCGACAGCCUCACAGGUGAGAUUCAGGUGGUGGCGCCUCUGGACUUUGAGGCAGAGAGAGAGCACGCCUUGCGCAUCCGGGCACAGGACGCAGGUAGGCCACCACUGUCCAACAACACGGGUUUGGUCAACAUCCAAGUGGUGGAUAUCAAUGACCACGCACCCAUCUUCGUCAGCACGCCUUUCCAGGUGUCUGUUCUGGAGAAUGCGCCCCUGGGCCACUCGGUCAUCCACAUUCAGGCUGUGGACGCGGAUCAUGGGGAAAAUGCUAGGCUGGAGUACUCGCUCACUGGCUUGGCAGCUGAUACACCUUUUGUGAUAAACAGUGCCACAGGCUGGGUGUCUGUGAGUGGGCCCCUGGACCGCGAGUCUGUGGAACACUACUUCUUUGGGGUAGAGGCCCGUGACCAUGGCUCUCCUCCACUCUCUGCAUCGGCCAGCGUCACGGUGACUGUGCUGGAUGUUAACGACAACCGGCCUGAGUUCACUGUGAAGGAACACCACCUCCGACUGAAUGAGGACGCAGCUGUGGGUACCAGCGUGCUCAGCGUGACUGCUGUGGACCGGGAUGCCAACAGCGCCAUCAGCUACCAGAUCACAGGUGGUAACACCCGGAACCGUUUUGCCAUCAGCACCCAGGGGGGUGUGGGUCUAGUGACCCUGGCUCUCCCGUUGGACUACAAGCAGGAACGCUACUUCAAGCUGGUACUGACGGCAUCCGACCGAGCCCUCCAUGACCACUGCUCUGUGCACAUCAACAUCACAGAUGCCAACACUCACCGGCCUGUCUUUCAAAGCGCCCACUACUCUGUGAGCAUGAAUGAGGAUCGGCCAGUGGGUAGCACGGUCGUGGUUAUUAGCGCCUCUGACGAUGACGUGGGUGAGAAUGCUCGGAUCACUUACUUCUUGGAGGAUAACCUACCCCAGUUCCGCAUCAAUGCCACCUCGGGGGCCAUCACACUGCAAGCUCCACUGGACUAUGAGGACCAAGUGACCUACACCCUGGCUAUCACAGCUCGAGACAACGGCAUCCCUCAGAAGGCAGACACCACUUAUGUUGAGGUGAUGGUCAACGAUGUGAAUGACAACGCUCCACAGUUUGUGACCUCCCACUACACCGGCUUGGUCUCUGAGGAUGCUCCGCCCUUUACCAGCGUCUUGCAGAUCUCAGCCACAGACCGGGACGCUCACGCCAACGGUCGAGUCCAAUACACGUUCCAGAAUGGGGAAGAUGGGGAUGGAGAUUUUACCAUAGAGCCCACCUCUGGCAUCAUCCGAACGGUGAGGCGGCUGGACCGGGAGGCAGUGCCAGUGUAUGAGCUGACAGCAUAUGCGGUGGACCGCGGUGUGCCCCCGCUGAGGACACCAGUCAGCAUCCAUGUGACCGUGCAGGAUGUGAAUGACAAUGCACCUGUCUUCCCAGCAGAGGAGUUUGAGGUGCAGGUGAAAGAGAACAGCAUUGUGGGCUCAGUGGUGGCCCAGAUCACUGCGGUGGACCCUGACGAGGGUCCCAACGCCCACAUCAUGUACCAAAUAGUGGAGGGGAACAUUCCUGAGCUCUUCCAAAUGGAUAUCUUCUCUGGGGAACUGACAGCACUCAUUGACCUGGACUACGAAGCUCGCCAGGAAUACGUGAUUGUGGUGCAGGCCACAUCGGCUCCCCUGGUCAGCCGGGCCACUGUGCAUGUCCGCCUGGUUGACCAGAAUGACAACAGCCCUGUGCUCAACAACUUCCAGAUCCUCUUCAACAACUAUGUGUCCAACCGCUCUGACACGUUCCCCUCCGGUGUCAUUGGCCGUAUCCCAGCCUAUGACCCCGAUGUCUCGGAUCACCUCUUCUACUCUUUUGAGCGUGGCAACGAGCUGCAGUUGCUGGUGGUGAACCAGACCAGUGGGGAGCUGCGACUCAGUCGGAAGCUGGACAACAACCGUCCGCUGGUGGCCUCCAUGUUGGUGACAGUCACAGACGGCCUGCACAGUGUGACAGCCCAGUGUGUGCUGCGCGUGGUCAUCAUCACCGAGGAGCUGCUGGCCAACAGUCUGACCGUGCGCCUGGAGAACAUGUGGCAGGAGCGCUUCCUGUCGCCACUCCUGGGCCACUUCCUCGAAGGUGUGGCCGCUGUGCUCGCCACGCCCGCGGAGGACGUCUUCAUCUUCAAUAUCCAGAACGACACGGACGUGGGGGGCACGGUGCUCAACGUGAGCUUCUCGGCGCUGGCGCCGCGCGGGGCGGGCGCGGGCGCGGCGGGGCCGUGGUUCAGCUCCGAGGAGCUGCAGGAGCAGCUGUACGUGCGCCGUGCGGCGCUGGCGGCGCGCUCGCUGCUGGACGUGCUGCCCUUCGACGACAACGUGUGCCUGCGGGAGCCGUGCGAGAACUACAUGAAGUGCGUGUCGGUGCUCCGCUUCGACUCGUCGGCGCCCUUCCUGGCCUCGGCCUCCACGCUCUUCCGGCCCAUCCAGCCCAUCGCCGGCCUGCGCUGCCGCUGCCCGCCCGGCUUCACGGGCGACUUCUGCGAGACCGAGCUGGACCUCUGCUACUCCAACCCGUGUCGCAACGGCGGUGCCUGCGCGCGGCGUGAAGGCGGCUACACCUGCGUCUGCCGCCCGCGCUUCACCGGAGAAGACUGCGAGCUGGACACGGAGGCUGGACGCUGCGUGCCAGGCGUCUGCCGCAACGGGGGCACCUGCACCGACGCGCCCCACGGCGGCUUCCGUUGCCAGUGCCCCGUGGGCGGCGCCUUCGAAGGCCCGCGAUGCGAGGUGGCGGCCCGCUCCUUCCCUCCGAGCUCCUUCGUCAUGUUCCGCGGCCUGCGGCAACGCUUCCACCUCACGCUGUCCCUCUCGUUCGCGACUGUGCAGCCGAGUGGGCUCCUCUUCUACAACGGCCGCCUGAACGAGAAGCACGACUUCUUGGCCCUGGAGCUGGUGGCUGGCCAAGUGCGGCUCACGUACUCCACGGGUGAGUCCAACACGGUGGUCAGCCCCACAGUUCCAGGGGGCCUGAGUGACGGGCAGUGGCACACCGUGCAUCUGAGAUACUACAACAAGCCCCGGACGGACGCCCUUGGGAGCGCUCAGGGUCCAUCUAAGGACAAAGUGGCAGUGCUGAGCGUGGACGACUGUGAUGUGGCAGUGGCGCUGCAGUUCGGGGCUGAGAUUGGGAACUACUCGUGCGCGGCUGCUGGUGUGCAAACAAGCUCCAAGAAGUCCCUGGACCUGACAGGCCCGCUGCUCCUGGGAGGGGUCCCCAACCUCCCAGAGAACUUCCCCGUGUCCCACAAGGACUUCAUCGGCUGCAUGCGGGAUCUGCACAUAGAUGGCCGCCAGGUGGACAUGGCAGCCUUCGUAGCUAACAACGGCACCACAGCAGGCUGUCAGGCCAAGCUGCACUUCUGCGACUCAAACCCCUGCAAGAACAGUGGCUUCUGCUCAGAGCGCUGGGGUGGCUUCAGCUGUGACUGCCCUGUGGGUUUUGGUGGCAAAGACUGUCGGCUCACCAUGACCCAUCCCCACCAUUUCCGGGGCAACGGCACACUAAGCUGGGACUUUGGAGGUGAUGUGGUCGUGUCUGUACCCUGGUACCUGGGACUGGCGUUUCGGACACGCGCCACACAGGGGGUUCUGUUGUCAGUGCAGGCUGGGCAGCACAGUACACUUCUCUGCCAGCUAGAUCGGGGGCUGCUGUCCGUGACUGUGAGCCAAGGCUCGGGCCAUGCUGCCCAUCUCCUCCUGGACCAGGUGACCGUCAGUGAUGGCCGGUGGCAUGAUCUGCGGUUGGAGUUGCAGGAGGAACCAGGUGGCCGGCGGGGCCAUCAUGUCCUCAUGAUCUCACUGGACUUUAGCCUCUUCCAGGAUACCCUGGCAGUGGGGAGUGAGCUGCAAGGCCUGAAGGUAAAGCUACUCCACGUGGGAGGCCUGCCCCCCAGCAGUAAGGAGGCGCUUCCUCAGGGUCUGGUCGGCUGUAUCCAGGGGGUCUGGCUUGGCACCACUCCAUCUGGAUCACCACCCCUGCUAGCCCCAAGCCACCGGGUGAAUGUGGAGCCUGGCUGCACGGUGACCAACUCCUGUGCAUCUGGACCCUGUCCAGCCCAUGCUGACUGCCAAGAUCUCUGGCAGACUUUCUCCUGCACCUGCCAGCCAGGUUACUACGGCCCAGGUUGUGUGGAUGCCUGUCUCUUGAACCCCUGUCAGAACCAAGGAUCCUGCCGCCACCUCCCAGGAGCCCCCCACGGCUACACUUGUGACUGUCCCAGUGGUUAUUUUGGGCACCGCUGUGAGCACAGGAUGGACCAGCAGUGCCCACGAGGCUGGUGGGGGAGUCCAACCUGUGGCCCCUGCAAUUGUGACGUCCACAAAGGCUUUGACCCCAACUGCAAUAAGACAAAUGGGCAGUGUCACUGCAAGGACUUCUACUAUCGGCCACGGGGCAGCGACUCAUGCCUCCCAUGUGACUGCUACCCAGUGGGCUCCACCUCGCGUUCCUGUGCACCCCACAGCGGGCAGUGUCCCUGUCGUCCAGGAGCCCUUGGCCGCCAGUGCAACAGCUGUGACAGCCCCUUCGCAGAGGUGACAGCCAGUGGCUGCCGGGUGCUCUACGAUGCCUGCCCCAAGUCCCUGAGGUCUGGCGUGUGGUGGCCGCAGACCAAGUUUGGCGCCUUGGCCACAGUGCCCUGUCCCCGGGGGGCCCUGGGAUUGCGGGGUGCAGGUGCUGCUAUACGGCUCUGUGACGAGGACCGGGGCUGGCUGGAGCCUGACCUCUUCAACUGCACCUCUCCUGCCUUCCGAGAGCUCAGCCUGCUGCUGGAUGGCCUGGAGCUGAAUAAGACAGUCCUAGAUACCAUGGAGGCCAAGAGGCUGGCUCAGCGACUCCGUGAGGUCACUGGCCAUGCUGAUCACUACUUUAGCCAAGAUGUCCAAGUCACUGCCCGUCUGCUGGCCUAUCUGCUGGCCUUCGAGAGCCAUCAGCAAGGUUUUGGACUGACAGCCACACAGGAUGCCCACUUCAAUGAGAAUCUGCUAUGGGCUGGCUCUGCUCUGCUUGCUCCAGAGACUGAGGACCUAUGGGCGGCAUUGGGACAGCGGGCUCCUGGGGGUUCCCCAGGCAGCGCGGGGCUGGUGCAGCACCUGGAGGAGUAUGCGGCCACGCUCGCCAGGAACAUGGAACUCACAUACUUGAAUCCCGUGGGGCUGGUGACACCCAAUAUCAUGCUCAGCAUCGACCGCAUGGAGCACCCCAGUUCAAACCGAGGGGCCCGUCGCUACCCCCGCUACCACAGUAAUCUUUUCCGGGGCCAGGACGCCUGGGAUCCUCACACCCAUGUGCUGCUGCCUUCCCAGGCCCCACGGCCGGCCCCAUCGGAAGUUCUGCCCACAGGCAGCAGCGCAGAAAACACCACCACCCCGAGUGCUGGCUCCCCACCAGCGUCCCUGGAGCCCGAGCCUGAGCCUGGGAUGUCCAUCGUCAUCCUCCUCGUGUACCGCACCUUGGGGGGACUGCUCCCUGCUCAGUUCCAGGCCGAGCGUCGGGGUGCCAGGCUCCCCGAAAACCCUGUGAUGAACUCACCGGUUGUCAGCGUGGCAGUGUUCCAUGGACGCAGCUUCCUUAGUGGUGUCUUGGAGUCCCCCAUCAGCCUCGAGUUCCGCCUGCUACAGACAGCCAAUCGGAGCAAAGCCAUCUGCGUGCAGUGGGACCCGCCUGGCCCGGCAGAGCAGCAUGGUCUGUGGACAGCACGGGACUGUGAGCUGGUGCACAGGAACGGGUCCCACGCACGGUGUCGCUGCAGCCGGACGGGUACCUUCGGGGUCCUCAUGGAUGCCUCCCCUCGUGAGCGCCUGGAGGGGGACCUGGAGCUACUGGCCGUGUUCACACACGUGGUUGUGGCAGUGUCGGUGGCUGCGCUGGUGCUGACUGCGGCUGUCCUGCUGAGCCUGCGUAGCCUCAAGUCCAAUGUGCGUGGGAUCCAUGCCAAUGUGGCGGCCGCCCUGGGCAUAGCAGAGCUCCUCUUCCUGCUGGGGGUCCACAGGACCCACAACCAGCUGGUGUGCACGGCAGUCGCCAUCCUCCUGCACUACUUCUUCCUCAGCGCCUUCGCAUGGCUCCUCGUGCAGGGGCUGCACCUCUACCGCAUGCAGGUGGAGCCGCGCAACGUGGACCACGGAGCCAUGCGCUUCUACCACGCCCUGGGCUGGGGUGUUCCUGCCGUGCUACUGGGCCUUGCUGUCGGCCUAGACCCCGAGGGCUAUGGGAACCCUGACUUCUGCUGGAUCUCCAUGCAUGACCCGCUCAUCUGGAGCUUUGCAGGCCCUGUGGUCCUGGUCAUCGUGAUGAAUGGGACCCUGCUUCUCCUCACUGCUCGCACCUCCUGCUCCACGGGGCAGCGGGAUGCCAAGAAGAGUUCUGUGCUGUGAGUUGACCCGUGUGACCCUUCAUGUCCUCGCAGCUCCUUCCUGCUGCUGCUGCUGGUCAGUGCCUCCUGGCUCUUUGGUCUCCUAGCAGUCAACCACAGCAUCCUGGCCUUCCACUACCUACACGCCGCGCUCUCCGGGCUCCAGGGCCUGGCAGUGCUGCUGCUCUUCUGCAUUCUGAAUUCUGAUGCCCGGGCUGCCUGGACUCCAACUUGUCUAGGCAGGAAGGCAGCACCCGAGGAGGCGAGGCCAGCUCCAGGGACGGGCCCUGGGGCCUACAACAACACAGCCCUGUUUGAGGAGAGCGGUCUCAUCCGCAUCACGCUCGGAGCCUCCACUGUCUCCUCAGUGAGCAGCGCCCGCUCUGGCCGGACCCAGGACCAGGACAGCCAGCGGGGACGCGGCUACCUCAGGGACAACAUCCUGGUUCGACACGGCUCGGCUGCUGACCACACUGAGCAUGGCGUCCAGGCUCAUGCCGGCCCCACAGACCUGGAUGUGGCCAUGUUCCACCGAGAUGCUGGUGCAGACUCUGACUCAGACAGCGACCUGUCCUUGGAAGAGGAGAGGAGUCUGUCCAUCCCGUCUUCAGAAAGUGAGGACAAUGGCCGUACCCGAGGGCGUUUCCAGCGGCCCCUCCGCCGGGCAGCCCAGAGUGAGAGGCUCCUCACCCACCCGAAAGAUAUGGAUGGCAAUGACCUCCUGUCCUACUGGCCAGCCCUGGGGGAAUGUGAAGCAGCUCCCUGCGCCCUGCAGACCUGGGGCUCCGAGAGGCGCCUGGGCCUGGAUACCAGCAAGGAUGCUGCCAACAACAACCAACCAGACCUGGCCCUCACCAGCGGGGAUGAGACCUCCCUGGGCCGGGCACAGCGACAGAGGAAGGGCAUCCUGAAGAACCGCCUGCAGUACCCACUGGUGCCACAGGCCCGAGGUGCCCCUGAGCUGUCCUGGUGCCGCGCAGCCACAUUGGGCCACCGGGCCGUGCCGGCUGCCUCAUAUGGCCGCAUCUGUGCUGGCGGGGGUACUGGCAGCCUCUCGCAGCCAGCCAGUCGCUAUUCUUCCCGAGAACAGCUGGAUUUGUUCCUGCGGCGGCAGCUGAGCCGUGAGCAGCUUGAGGAAGCCCCUGCCCCAACUCUGUGCCCUCUGAGCCGGCCAGGCUCCCAGGAACACCUGGAUGCCACGCCAGGCCGUCUGGAGUCCAGGGACCGGGGCAGCACUCUGCCGCGGAGGCAGCCACCCCGGGACUACCCUGCCACCAUGGCUGGCCGGUUUGGCUCCCGGGAUGCACUGAACUUGGGGGCACCCCGUGAAUGGCUGAGCACGUUGCCUGCACCCCGCCGCACCCGGGACCUGGACCCACAGCACCCGCCCAUGUCUCAGCCUCCACAGAGGCAACUCUCAAGGGACCCCCUCUUGCCAUCGAGGCCCUUGGAUUCUGUGUCUAGGAGCUCGAACUCUCGCGAGCGGCUGGACGAGGUGCCCAACCGGCACCCCUCCCGAGAAGCUCUCGGGCCACCCCUGCAGCUGCUCAGGGCUAGGGAGGACCCUGCCAGCGGCCCCAGCCACGGCCCCUCCACAGAGCAGCUGGACAUCCUCUCCUCCAUCCUUGCCUCCUUCAACUCUUCCGCCCUCUCCUCCAUGCAGUCGUCCAGCACGCCCUCGGGCCCUCACACCACAGCCACACCUUCGGCCACAGCCUCAGCACUCGGGCCCUCCACUCCGCGCUCAGCCACUUCCCACAGCAUCUCAGAGCUGUCACCAGAUGCUGAAGUUUCCAGAAGUGAGGGUCACUUGUGAGGGGCCCAUGGAGUGGAGGGCGAUGGAGGACCUGGGCUGAAGAAGAGACUGCAGGAGUUGG